AUGGCUGCACCCCAGACCAUGAACACGCUCAACAUCAGCGGCAAGUACGUGAUGAACAAGACUCUGAGCGAUGACUCCGACGACAUCCUGCGUCUGCAGGGCGUCGGCUGGCUCAUACGCAAGACCAUCCGCAUCACAACACUCCACCUCUACUGCAAGCACUACGUCAGCGAGACGGUCGAGCACAUCGACGUCGACCAGACGCUAAACGGCAUCAAGGGCACGGCGGAGAACCGUACCUUCGACUGGACGGAGCGCUUGGACUACGAUUACGUGUUCGGUGCGACCGUCUGCAAGUCUAAACGCAUCCGGAUCGACGAACUCGAGAAUGAGUUCUUGAAGACGGGCUGGCUCGAGGACACGAAGGAGCACGGUGGCCUCUUCACCGUCGAAUACAGCGAUACGGAGAAGAGCGGCAAGACGUGGAUUGCGGAGCAGGUCUGGGGUUUCGAAGAGGUUAAUGGCGAGAGACGACACACAAGACGUAUCGCCUUCUCCGGUCCGAAGGAGGAGAAAUUGCACACUCGGCUCGUGUACGACUACCACGGCCCUCUCUGA